CAUAACCGGCGGCAACACCGCCGUAGUCCGGGUAAGACUGAGCACCGAAGCAUCGGUACAUACGAUGAAGAGAUUGGAUGGCGUCUGGCGUGCGUCAUCAGUACACGGACUGAUCAGAUCUCAAAACCGGAUCACUUGCACGAAGACUCUCGUUUCUCAUCAGGUGAGAGUCGACCAUGUAUGGGAGGGCACGUUGAAUUUUGACCCUGCACGCGUACCAACCAUAUGGAGAAAGCAAAGCGUGGGCUUCAAUGCCUCACCUUGCGAAUCGACAUCCUACACCCUCUGUACUAUCCAUUCCACAGACAAGGCAUCCCUUCACUUACAGUGAAAACGACUCUACCAUGACACAAUCGCCUCUGCAAUUAAAGAUAAUCCUCAUUGGCGAUAUGUCCGUUGGCAAGACCUGUCUCUAUAAGCGCUUCUUUGACAGACAAUGGUCAUUCGAAAAGGUUGCUGCGACUUACGGCGUUGACCUCCAAUUUCAAACCAUGGAAGUUGAUGGGCGAAAGGUGAAACUCGGCAUAUGGGACACCGCAGGAAUGGAGAAGUUCCGGGUGAUCACGGCGCCAUUCUACAGGGGUGCGCAGGGUGUUAUACUCGUGUACGACAUUACUGACAAAACAUCGUUCGAUGCGUUGGCAGGUUGGCUUGCUGAAAUCGAUCAACACGUUCCAUCCACCACACCCAAGAUGAUCGUAGGGAACAAAUUAGACCAGGAACAUUCCCGGCAGGUAUCUACCUCUGACGGGGAACUGUUUGCCUCCCGUAACGGCGCGCUUUUUCGUGAAGCAAGCGCCAAGACCUCGGCAGGUGUGACCGAAGUCUUUGAGGAUCUCGUCAAGCAGAUCCUCAACGCUGAAGACCAAACGAAAUCGGUAGACAUUUUUAGGUGGCCUCAGGCUGAAGUAGUCAAGCUGUAUGCACAGGACCCAGCUAGCUGGUGGAAUAGCUGCAAAUGCUAGGAAGUAUGUAGUUUUAAUGGCAGACGGUUAUAGGGUCUUGUCAAGCAAGAAUCGAAUACCUAUCAGUGUGUCUAGUUUCACAGACUGCGAACUCGUUCAUGGCAU